AUGUCUGAAGCAUCGCCAGUACGCAGUUUGAUGACAGCGCAGGAAUAUUAUUCCAGCUUUUCACGUCACCCAAGGAUCAAGGAGAGAUUUCACGAUAUCGAUGACCCAGCUCAUUUUCGAGAGCAUUUGGCAUUGUUACGCGAUGUUCAGACUCAGAACUUUGUCCUAGACUUCGGCAAUGAGGAUGCUUGCCCAGGUUAUACUUGCCCAGGAGCUGACCAUCAUAUAGAAGCCACGGUGUUUUGGGACACGAUGGAUGCCAUCACGAAUCACUACGGCGUCUCUGAGCGGCUGCAAGGUCUUAUGUGCACUGACCCUGUAACCAGACCAUCAAAACCAGCCGCUCCACCCCAACCCCCAAGGAAGAGCUUCCAGUCCAAGAACAGUUCUAAGCCAGUUCAAGUAAACGUGGAUGAAGACCUCGAAGACGGCCAUGCCCUGAAAGAUCUGCCGAGCUCGAAAGAGGUUCAUGCUGCAGCCUCAUUUAGAGGACUGACGUUCGGCCAUGUAGUGGAUCAGAUUUGGCACUUUUGCUCUACGGACUAUGGACCUAAAUAUACCUGCAUCGGAUACAACUCGCUUUACGUUGUUCCGAAGUUGAGGAUGACAAACGGACAGGGGCUGCCAGAUGGAAGGAGAUUAUGGUCAUGGCUUAUAUUAUUCGAGGAUGGUACUGUCCUGUCCAUCCAAGAGAAUCCGUAUCCUGAUCUCACCGCACUAUCCGAACGGGAGCUGGAAGCCUUGACUGCCGCCAGCCGCAGGAAUAUACAACUGAUCUUCCGCGGCGUAUCCAGGCAGCACUCGGCGACUUCUGAGAACGACUCUUUGGUCACAAUCAGAGUCCGGCCCUUACAUGAUCCCGACACGAGCACUGCCAGCAUUAAACAGGAAGACGGUCCAAGUCUCCUCUUUUACUAUAUCUUUGACGAUUGGGUCUCGAGCUACUCACUAGUCGCAAAGCGUGAGCAUGGGUACAGUGUGGACCUCGACCGUCUGAGGCGCCACAUGCUAAACAAACCAGAGGUCGACUUGAUAGACGAACUGCACUGGCUGGGACGGCAGCUCGCAGUUCUCAAGCGGUUGUAUCAAAGCUAUGAGCUUAUCAUGACCCGUCUCCUCCAAAGACAGCGGUUGCUCCAGGACGAAGCACGCGAAAACCACCAAAGGACGCCGUUUGGACACACCUUCGACCCAGAGAUUCAUAGACAGAUGACCGAAAGUUUCAGUGCCUCGACUCCAGAAACAUCUGUGGGUGUCCGCUUGAGCCCACCCGCUGUCGCUAGAUUUGAGCGAUUGCUAGACCGUAUCAAGCUGUACUGCCUGUCGGAGAUUGAGAGUUGCCUGACAGAGAAAGAGUCACUCACAUUCCUCAACUUCAACUUGAUCGCUCUCAAAGACUCGCAAGCCGUCGAAAAACUGACGAGGAUAACGAUUCUGCUAGCCAAGGUCACCAUCUUGUUCCUUCCGGUCAUACUGGGUGGCCUUCGCAGUGAUCAUGGUCUUGUCAAUUAUUCUGCUCGUUUUGUUUGGGUGGAUUAG